CUGGUGAGGGCGAUCGGUCGGUGGCUGGAGGUCAGUUUCGGGUCCUUCCCUGCCUUGGGAAUCGGGACGAUGGACGCCCGCCGCCAGGCCGACGGCGUGAGACCCGAGGCCCAGGUCUGAUUGAUCAGGCGGAGGAGCGCGGACUUGGCAACAGGGCCCAGGUGGCGCAGGUGUUCCGCGCAGAUAUCAUCCGGGCCCGGAGCCUUCCGGCACUUCAUGUUUGGGAGCUGCGCUUCCAGUUCCUGGGGUGUAAACGGAGAACAAACCCCGGAGCGGGCGCCUCCACACUGGCACUCUCUUCCGUUGAGUGUCCUCAGUUCCGCCUUGGUCUUGGUAUCCUGGCGUUUGGCUCGUACUUGACGGCUCACGUUGGCAUAGGUCCUGUUGAACGCCUCGGCCUUGUCUCGGUCCUCCACGGCGCAGCGGCCGUGAUCCCCGAGAGCCUGACCAGGCGGGAUCUCAACAGCCUCUUCCAUUUUCCGUAGGAUCUUGUGUGAUACCUACCUUGACCUGAGGACUGAGCUGCAUCACAGUUUGGACUGCUGCAGCCUGCAUUUGCUUAAUUUUAUAUUGAUAUAUUUUAUUUGAGUACCUAGAUAUUGGCAUUAUGUGAGAACUCAUCAAUAGAAUUGAUGCAUGUUUUAUGGAAGUUGAGGAACAUUUCUUACUAUUGAACCUACAGUAGGUAUAUGGCAUGCUAUACCUACUAUAAGCCUUGCCAGUUUGCCACUAUGACCAGCCAACCAUGCUCAUUUGUUUUUUUUUUCUAUGGCUUUUGUCAUUGGUGUCAUUGCUGGUACCAACAAUUUUGAACUGGAAACAGCUUGCAUAUUUUCCUCUGACAAUUAUCCUUCUCCCUUGUGCAGGCUAUUCUGAAGUGCCGUGGCAGCAAUGCUCCGAGUUCAUGGCCGACGGCUGUGCUGUAUCCGGCUGACCGCUGCCCUCCUGCUAGUCUCCUUUGUACAAGUGAUGUGGUCUCCACUGCAGCUGGGCGUACCUCAGCAUCAUGUGAUCAGGACACCUAUCACAGUGCGUCCUGCUGCUCUGACCGAGCCAUCUACCAAGGAGGGGGCAGAGCUGCACUGCUCUGACCUGAACGCCACCUCUGUCGACGGCGUCCGCUGGACCCCGGUGCCCUCCCCGCAGCUGGGCGAGGCCGGGCCGUACUGCGUCCUCUACGACUGGCUGCUGGCGGCCCUGCAGCCGGCGGCCAACCAGAGCGUCACGCUGUGUACGCACGCCACGGCGGAUGGCGCGGCGCAGCACGCGCCGCUGCUGGCUGCCGCCUGGUCGGCGCCCGUCUCGCUGGCCGUCUUCGUGCUGCCGGGCGAGGCGGGCGCGUUGGCCGGCCGGCUGGCGCACCUGCGCCGCUGCGACGCCGCCUUCCGGCGCCACGUCAGCGUGCACCUGGUGUUGGAGCGGCGCCGGCCGCCGGCGCUGGCCCGCCUGCCGGCCGUGGCGGCGCAGGGGGCCGACUGCGAGCGGCCGCCUCCCCAAGCCGAGCCGUCCCGGCGCCGCCAGCUCGGCCUGCCCUACCCGGUGAACGUCGCGCGGAACGCGGCCCGCCGCGCCGCGCGCACCCGCUUCGUGCUCGUGUCGGACGCGGAGCUGGUGCCCUCGCCGAGUGCGGUCACCAUGUUCAUGGACAUGCUGGCGAGGCAGAGCCGGGACCAGACGCUGCUUGGGGGCCGAGUGCGGUCACCACUAGCAAACGCCACCAACAAGCAGUAUCGCCGGGUGUACGUGCUGCCCGUGUUCGAGGUGCAGAACCGGCUCCCCACCAGCAAGGCGGACCUGAUCCGUAUGGCGCAGGCCAAGGAGGCGGUCUGGUUCCACCGCUACGUCUGUCCGCACUGCCAGAAGUUCCCCGGUGUGAACCAGUACUUCAGCCGGCCGUUCACACCAGGAAGAUUACAGCCGCUCAGCAUCGUCAAACGGGAGGUGCCCUACCACCGCUGGGAGCCCAUCUACAUCGGUACCCAGGCGGAGCCGCUCUAUGACGAACGGCUCAGCUGGGAGGGCAAACAGGACAAAAUGACACAGAUGACGGAGCUGUGUCUGCGCGGCUACCGGCUGGUCAUCCUGGACCAGGUGUUCCUCACGCACGUGCCGCAGCCGGGCGGGAUCCGCCGUCGGCCGGGUUUCACCGACACGUCAGACGCCUGGCGCGCGCGCUUUGUCUCUCAGAACCAGCGAGUCUACGAUAGCAUUAUCCACGGUCUGAAGCUCAAGUAUGGCGGCGACACCAAGAAGUGUGUGGUCAAUACGAGGAAAGUGAAAAAGGCGUGAUCUCUGUGGGCAGCAAGGGGAGGAAGUACCGACUCUAGUCAUGCAUGUCGUACUUGAUUAUGGUAUUUUAGUGCCUUAGUCCAACGGAUUUUAUAUCAAUUGUUAGCGGCUUGAGUUCGGGAAUAAGAGAGUGAUAUUGAUGACCUUCAGAUGAUAUCAUUAAAGUAUCUCAUUUUAAGUCGAAUGAAUUAGUGUAUUGGAAUCCGGAACUGACUUGAACUUGAGCGCUCAGCUUCCAAACAUCAAAAGUUAUUCUUGGCUCAACGCAUCCUAAGAUAAUUGCGAACUUAAGUCUUCAAAGCUGUUGAUACAUUUUGAAAACAAGAUGAAUUCGGUUGUCGUACAAUCAGUCAGCGACUCCGACUGUUUUCUUUCCUUGUUACACAUUCUAACAGAAAUGCAGGGAAACAAUGAAAAGAAGCGAUGCGAUUAUCAUGUUAAUGUUCAGCGGGUCCCGAAAUUCCGAACUUAACAUAUGUCUGUCCGAUGAGUGUGUGAUGAUUUUUGCAUUUACGACUUUCUAGAGUGAUUAUUAGAUACUUUCAGGAGUGAUGUUACUCGCCGCCAAAGCGUACAAACUAGUUAAAACAGUGCGUGGUUACUCUGUAGCAUGCCAGCUGUUAGGUUACACGAUGUGUUCUAGGUGUCGUUGUUUCGAUGCAUAUUUUCGAAUGAGAUAUGCCGCCUUGGAUAUGCCUAUCAUGCGAGCUCUCGUGACACAACACCAUUCUUUGUUUUUGCAUGCACCGCCGUUACGUGCGCUUUCCAAAACAUUAUCUUUUUAACCAAUUAUAUCAGGCGUGGUUGGCUGAAUCCCGUCUGAAUUAAUCCAUUAGAUGUAGAAUCUAUCCAUGGUUGGCAGUUAUACCAUUUGUUCUUCGUACACGUCGCAGGGCAUCAUGCAAGUGUGGUGAUCGAUUAUCUGGCUAUUUCAUCGUGUGAUAUUUUCAUUCUCAUUGGCCCACUUUAGGGCGUUGGUUGUUGAACAGUAUUUAUAAAAUGCUGUGUCGAGUGAUACUCCACCGUGUGUUCGCAAAUAUAGCCAAAUGUGCAAUCAUGUGCAAUGUACAGCCUUACAACGAAUGCUUGUCUGUUCGAUUUGAUGUUUAUGGAUUGUCACCUUUUGCUACGGUCGCCGGUUUUCUGGCAGACAAUAUAUCCCAGCACCAUGGAA